GCUUUAGCGAUAGCAAGUUUUCUGUCUUCAUUCCAGUUAUUAGCAGUAGCAGCUCAUUCGAAUUUAUUAAUCCAAUCGAUAGGAUCCUCAGUACCAUCUCCUCUAAAUGGUUUAAUCUUGAUAAGAGAUUUUUCUGCUCCUCCUCUUCCAAUAGCUUUAGUUAACCAGGUUAUUGCUUAA